AUGGAGCACAAAAUAAUCGCGAUGUUAGUGGUGAUGUUCAUGGGGAGCCUUUUGGUCGAGACAGAGGCUAUAGAAUUUCAAGAAUGUUACAAAUUUUGUACUUUGGCUUGUGGUGCAACUGCGGAAGGAUUUAAAAAAUUGACAUCUUCGAUGGCGAUGGAAAGAAAACACGCAGCACCUCAAAAAUUUGUAGUUGAACCGCCACUGAUAUGCUGCCUUCGGUCUUCUAUCGAAGCCAUCUCCAUCACUGCCGCAGACCCUUGCCGUCGAUUCUGCUAA